GUUGUUGCAAAAAAGACUGAGUGCGUGAAAAGCUCGAUAUCACUUCCCCAUCUAUCUUCAAGUUUCAGAAGACACGUGGGUGGAUAGCAACUUAGAACACAAGUGAACUCAAAGUGGAACAACCCAAGCUUGUUUCACAGCUCAACAACAAUGGCUUCUAUCUCAUGCAUCACCCACCACCCCAUCACUUCCAAGCUCAAUAAUGCCUUCUCUUCACCCCACGUCUCUGCCUCAAACUUGGCCUCACGGUUUCUGGGCACCAGAAAAAGAGUUGGGUUGCAUAGCCUCACCUCUAGAAUAAUUGGACCCUCUAAUGGCUCCAAAGCCACAUGCUGGUUCAGGUUCGGCAAGAACGGUGUUGAUGCCAAAGGUGCUGGCAUCUAUGGCAGCCAGGGCCGUGAUGACUUUGAUAGAGAUGACGUGGAACAGUACUUCAACUAUAUGGGGAUGCUCGCUGUAGAAGGAACAUAUGAUAAAAUGGAAGCUCUUCUAAGCCAAAACAUCCACCCCGUGGACAUCCUUCUCCUGUUAGCUGCCUCAGAAAGUGACAAGCCAAAAAUUGAAGAACUCUUGAGAGCUGGAGCAAAAUACGAUGUAAAAGAUGCAGAUGGACGGACGGCGUUGGAUAGGGCUACCGACGAAAUUAAAGAUUUCAUUCUUAAUUUUUCCGUGCAGAGGGCAUGACUUGUUUGUUACCAUUAUAAGUGAGUUCAGCUAUAUAGUUGUUACAUUUUGAUAACUUUUGAACUAUGUUAGCUUAUAUGCUUUGGAUUGAUCACGAGAAUGAAGUUGAUCUCAAUAAUAUCUAAAACA